ACUGGUCGGCGUCCAGUAUCCCCGUUUACCCCUCUACGGUUUUACAUUUGGUGAAUCUGUCUCCCCCUCCUGUCUCUUUCCUCUAUUAUUUUCCACUCAGUUUCUCGUGGUUUAAAAUGGCGGCGUUGAGCAGCGCCGAGUCCCCACCGCCCGUCUUCAACGGAGACACCAUGAACCGCGAUCCGGAGCGGGACCCGGGGCUGGACGAGCUGGGCGCGGGGCUCGAACCCGCCUGUCCCGGAGGAGCGGCGAUCCCCGAAUGUCAACAGGACAUUCCCGAGGAGAUAUGGAACAUCAAACAGAUGAUUAAGUUAACACAAGAGCACCUAGAAGCCCUUUUAGAUAAGUUUGGAGGAGAACACAACCCCCCAUCUAUAUACCUUGAGGCCUAUGAAGAGUACACUAGUAAGCUGGAUGCAUUACAGCAGCGGGAACAGCAGCUUUUGGAGGCCAUUGGGAACGGAACAGAGUUCUGCUCCUCGCCCACACCCCCCCUGCUGGAUGUGAAGGGACCGGGCGUCCAGAACGCCCCCGCUGCCCCAAACACCUUGGCUGUCCUGCAGACCCCCACAGACGUGACACGAGGAAAUCCCCGCUCGCCCCAAAAACCCAUCGUAAGGGUUUUCCUGCCCAACAAACAGAGGACAGUGGUUCCAGCUCGUUGUGGGAUGACAGUGAGAGACUCCUUAAAGAAGGCUCUGAUGAUGCGAGGCCUGAUCCCAGAAUGCUGUGCAGUUUACAGGGUUCAGGAUGGGGAGAAGAAGCCUAUUGGCUGGGACACAGACAUUUCCUGGUUGACAGGGGAGGAGCUUCAUGUUGAGGUUUUAGAGAAUGUGCCACUGACGACCCAUAAUUUUGUGCGAAAGACCUUCUUCACGCUGGCCUUCUGUGACUUUUGCCGGAAGCUGCUGUUUCAAGGCUUCCGCUGCCAGACGUGCGGCUACAAGUUCCACCAGCGCUGCAGCACAGAGGUCCCGCUCAUGUGUGUCAACUACGAUCAGCUGGAUUUAUUGCUGGCAUCAAAAUUUCUGGUGCACCACCCGAUGACCCAGGAGGAGGCGUCAUCAGAGGGCACGACACCCGUGUCAGAGAUGUGUCCAUCCAUCCCUCCAUCCGAGUCCACUGGGUCUCUGUGUCAUCCUUCUGUGUCCCCGUCCAAAUCCAUCCCUAUCCCACAGUCCUUUAGACCUGGAGAGGAUGAACACCGCAACCAGUUUGGCCAGAGGGACCGCUCUUCCUCAGCCCCUAACGUCCAUAUCAACACCAUCGAGCCGGUCAACAUUGAUGAUUUGAUCCGUGAUCAAGGCUUACCGAGGUCAGAUGGAGCCCCCUCGCAACACCCAGCCCGCUGCUUGAGGAAGAACCGAACACGGACCUCAAGCCCCCUUCUGUCCUCCCACCCCAAUGACAUUGUCUUUGAUUUUGAGCCUGAGCCAGUAUUCAGAGGCACCACAACAGGCCUGUCGGCCACACCUCCUGCCUCCCUGCCUGGUUCCCUGCCCAAUGUGAAGGUGUCCAAAUCACCCUGCCAACCGAGAGAGCGGAAGCCAUCGUCUUCGUCUGAGGAUCGCAAUAAAAUGAAAACCCUGGGUCGACGGGACUCAAGCGAUGAUUGGGAGAUCCCAGAAGGUCAGAUCACCCUGGGACAGCGGAUAGGAUCGGGCUCUUUUGGAACAGUCUACAAGGGGAAGUGGCAUGGUGAUGUGGCGGUAAAGAUGUUGAAUGUCACAGCUCCCACACCACAGCAGCUGCAGGCCUUUAAGAAUGAAGUGGGGGUCCUCAGGAAAACCCGCCAUGUGAACAUCCUGCUCUUCAUGGGCUACACCACCAAACCCCAGCUGGCUAUUGUUACACAGUGGUGUGAAGGCUCGAGUCUCUACCACCACCUGCACAUCAUCGAGACCAAGUUUGAGAUGAUCAAGCUGAUUGACAUUGCCCGGCAGACGGCUCAGGGCAUGGACUAUCUCCAUGCUAAGUCCAUCAUCCAUAGAGAUCUGAAGAGUAACAAUAUAUUUCUUCAUGAGGACCUAACAGUAAAGAUUGGUGAUUUCGGUCUGGCUACAGUGAAAUCCCGCUGGAGUGGCUCGCAUCAGUUUGAGCAGCUUUCUGGCUCUAUCUUGUGGAUGGCUCCAGAGGUGAUCAGACUGCAGGAUAAAAACCCAUACAGUUUCCAGUCGGAUGUCUACGCGUUUGGCAUUGUGCUCUAUGAGCUCAUGUCAGGGGCUCUGCCUUACUCUAACAUCAACAACAGAGACCAGAUUAUCUUCAUGGUUGGCCGGGGUUACCUGUCUCCUGACCUGAGCAAAGUGCGCAGUAAUUGCCCCAAGGCCAUGAAGAGACUUAUGGCAGAUUGUCUGAAGAAAAAGCGGGAGGAGAGACCUCUUUUCCCUCAGAUCCUGGCCUCUAUUGAGUUAUUGGCACGCUCUUUGCCUAAGAUCCACCGCAGCGCUUCUGAGCCAUCCCUAAACCGCGCUGGAUUCCAGACAGAGGACUUCAGCCUGUACGCCUGUGCUUCCCCCAAGACGCCCAUCCAGGCUGGUGGCUAUGGCAAGUUCACAUACACAAACAAUGUUGUGUCUUUUUCCACUUGUAAUGCUUAAAUUAGUAUGAAACUGACACAAAUCUGUUCAAUUGUAUCCCCUUUUAGGUGAAUUCUCAGCGUUUAAAUAGUGCUGCAAGUCCUAAACUCCAUCCCUUGUCAGUUUUUACGACGUCUUGUGUUCCUACGGUGGGUUCAUCCAUAACACAGAAAAGGACUAGUUUUCAAAGAAUGUGCUGUUUUUCUUCCUCUUUUCCCGAAGAGCUACAGCCUCAAUGGAAUUUCUUUAAAAUAAAAUGAUCUCUGCAGGGUGUCAUUGCUGAUUUUGCAAAAAUCUCAUAAACAUCACAUAGGACAAUAUGUGAGAUUAUACACAUAAUGCAGCGUACAAGAAAAACGACUGAUGUGAGAAACCAACAGCUGCUCACUGGAAAGAAAAAGGCAAACAAACCCAAACAGAUUUUGGCAGGGGAUGAAAACCUUUCCCCAAGAAGGAAGAUAAAUGGGUAUGGGAUGAAUGAUAUUGGUAGCACAAGCCCCGCCUUUGCUCCACCCCUGGAGUGGAACAACACACAGCACUGGCCAAUCAGAAAACAGGGCCCAGUGGCAUGGAAUGAUGGGAAAAUUGGCAUAAAGAGAGGACGUCAAGUCGCAGUCAUGGAAAGGUGCUGAAUGUCAGGAGAUAACUUGAACGAUAUUUAGAAACGUUUUUUCUCUUGCAAUGAGUUUGUUACGAGAUUUCGCCUGUGGCUGGAGUUACUAAUAAUACAGAUUUCUUUGGUCUUCAGCAUUUUUUUCCCCUCAAGGGUCAUAUGUUGUAGAUAAACAGACCCUUUUUCAGUUACAGAUAUAGUUUUUGAACAGUGGUAAAUGAAGCAACCAUCGAAAAGACCUCUCUUUUUUUUAUUAAAUAUAUAUAUUCUAGAAUAUUCUGCAGGUUAUUUUGCUUUUAGUUCUUUGUCAAGGCAAACUAGUAUUUUUUUAUUUAUUUAUUUUGCAUUUCACAUGUCCCACGCAGAGAAGCCUGGGGAAAUGUUUUUAGCCUCUCUUGGAUCGGCACAAAUACCAUCAGAUAUGUCCGAGGUGGGCAAAAUCAAAUGGGUUUCCGUGCUUCUAAAGAAUGUGAUUUAGUUUGAUUUAGUUUAGCAUCUUUAUAGUAGCUGACGUUAUGUUUCUGAACAAGUCAAAGGUUAUAUUAUUUAAAGUUUCUUGUAGAAAAACCCACUGUAUAAAGCAAACACGAAGCCUUGCUAUGGAGUAACAAUGUGGGCGUAUUUCAGAUGUAUUUCUGUACUUUUCACUACAACUUUAAGCUUAACUGUUGUUAUUAGAAGCCAUUCAUUUGAGGCCAUAACGGUUAACAGAAUUUUUUACAUUUUAUUUGGACCUUGCACUGCUGGAUUCAUUCCGAUAUAUUUGUUCACGGGUCAUAGCUUUUUUUUAAGUUUACGUUUUUCUUGUGUUAUAGACAGGCAGGCCUGCAAAGUUACAUUAAUUUAUAUUGCUUUAAUUUUAUUUUUGUUCGAUGUUGUUAUACACACAUGUAUAGUUUCUCUCACUCAUUCUGUGAUUUGUUAAAAUGGACAUUACACAGUGUGUCUGUGCACUUUGUAUACAUGAUGCAGAUAAGCAAUUUUGCCUUUUUAAAGACUUAAUAUAUUUUGUCAUAGGAAGAGGUUAAAGCAUGGUUACCAGAUUGCAAAAUGAAUGAAAAUUUAUUUCAAAAGCAGACAGGGCCAUGGGACACUAAAAACCAAAGCUUAAUCCAACCUCCUAACGCCAUCUGUGUCCACCUUCAUGGGGAACGGUUAUCUGGAUCUUCGACCAAAUCGAUUCGCCAUAUGACUCGAACAGGCGACAAAGUGACGACUCUUCGUUUCAAGUUGGCCCAAAGACUACUGCAUCAACCCUCUAGCAUUGCUUUGGGCUGUAGUGACACUAGCACUGUGUAGCCCUGAAGUUCAUCUAGACAUGUGGACCGUGGAAGUGUCCUCGUAGGGAUGCUUUUCUUUAUGUUGGUCUCUUCAUAGUGAAAUAAGUGGCUCCGCCUUCUUUUUUCUCUCGUAGGAAAUUAGGCAUUUUUGCUUUCGGCUCCACAAAAUGCUUGAUGUUGCACAGAUAACUGAGGCUGUGCGCUUGGUUCCCCACUCAUGCUCUGUUACAAAAGAGAGGACAUACGCCCCAUCUUCUUGCUUCUGUUGAGAUGGAUUGAAUUAUUUAUUUUGGUCCUCUUUUUUUGAUUAUUUUUAUAAGGACGAUGCUCUGUGAAUUGGUUCUGCCACUUAAACUUGCCAUUAAGCAGAGAGGAGUUCCAGGGAUCCUUUGGGAUGUGACGGUGGUCACUGCUUUCACAUGUAUUGUUUUUGACGAGACGUUUGAAUGAACUUGUUACCAGAUUAAGCUGACAAACCUAACGUAUGGAGACGGUAGAGGUGUAUUUUAAGAAUGCUGUAUUUAUUUUCUAUGGGAAUGUUACUGAAGAGGUCUGACUUAUGAAGGAUUGAUCCUUCUUGACUGGAAUACUUUGGGACCUGCUUAAUUACAACUUGGAGAUAAGCAUAUUAUAUAUUUAGAUCCUUUAUAACCAUUUUACUUUAACUACCCAAACCCCCAUUUUAUUUGCUUUUUGCCUUCACCAAAAUUUUCCGUAUCACAUUCCUUUCUGUUGUCUUGCCUGCACUUUAACCCCCCCCCCCGUCCCCGUCCCCGUCCCCGUCCCCGCUAAUUCAAGUGAGAACUAUUAUACAAAUGUUUGGGAGACUCUUUUCAUCUGUAAAUAGCUGUACAAAUGAAGUACUGUCCGUUUGCUAGAAGGCAUGGAGAUAAAAACAAUGAAAUGACUUCAAAUGUUUCAACUUAAGAAAUAAAGGUUAAGAAAAGACAUUUUGAUAGAAGAAAUUCUGAGAAACUAUUUCUGUGUAAAAAUAUUUAAGACUGUAUUAUAUAAAAGGAAAAGAGCUUAAUGUAUUUGUUGUGAAUAUGAAAAACUGAUAUAUUAAAGAAGUGCAUGAAAACUG